AGGUGUUCCGAACGCCCUGUACUUCCGCUCGCGCUGCCCGUUCAAGAAGCCGCUCAUAGAUUUUCAAACGGAGCAUGUCUUUUUGUAGCUCUAUCACUUCACAUAAUGCAAAAGUUCUCAAAGAGCUGGAAAUCGGAGAUCUGGUGGAAUUUUCGAGACAUUUUUAUAAUCACUGGGGAGUCUUUGUAGGAAACGAAGAUAUCGUCCAUCUGAUUGGAUGUAAAAACGACUGGAUCUCUGGUGUACAAUUUAUUGGGGAGGCUAUAGUUAAAAAGGAAAAUUUCUGGAAAGUCGCUGAUGGAUGCAAGACAAAAAAGAACAACAGUAAAGACAAGACAAGACGGCCGCGACCACCAUAUCAAAUCGAAAGGGACGCGUGUGCUUCGGUGGGAAAGACAGAAAAUGUGCAUUUUUUGUUGAACAACUGUGAACACUUUGCUUCCUAUUUAAGUUAUGGCAAGAAAUCUUCUGAUCAGGUUAGUCUCGGAUCACUACUGCUAGGUGGCGCUGCUGUGGCUGUAGUUGGGAUUUUUGGUGGACUUUUGGCAGGUGCUUUAAUACUCAACUCGAAGAUCAAAGAAAAUAGGGAUGAUGAAUCAAAUGAUACAACAUAUAUCGAAGAGUAUGACUUUCGUACUUAUUCAUGGGGCAGCAGUUACAGAUAUGGUUAAAUGUUACACUCGUAUUUAACUGGUUACCUUUCAAUCAUUGUUGUUAUAUUAAGGAGUAAUUGAAUAACUAUUGAAAUUGAACUUGUAUAUAUAUAUGCAACACGAAAAUGCUACGAUCAUCAUUAUGAGAAGAAUAAAAUAAUAUUUCAAUGA